AUGCCAACCAGCGAGACCUCUUGGUGGGCAGGUGCUUACUUGUGCUCCUCCUGUGCUUGGACAUCAGACUCCACGUUCUUCAGCCUUUGGGCUCUGGGACUUGCACCAGCAGCUUCCCAAGGGCUCUCAGGCCUUAAGCCACAGACCGGCGACUGUACUGUCAGCUUCCCUGGUUUUGAGGCUUUUGGACUUGGACUGAGCCACUACUGGCGUCUCUCUUUCCCAGCUUGCAGACAGUCUGUCAUGGGACUUUGCCUUGUAAUUGUGUGA